AUGAGCACACUCGAUCAAUGUCCAUCGACAAAGAACACGAUCGAAAUCCCCGAAGAAGCACCAGAGCUGGGCACCGUCUCAGGCCGCAAGUACUGGCGCAGUCUCGAGGAAUACUCCUCCACUCCAGAGUUCAAAGAACUCCUCGAGCGUGAGUUCCCGAUCGACGCGUCCAUCAUGGACGACAGCUCGCGCCGCUCCUUCCUGAAGGUCAUGGGCGCAUCGAUGGCUCUUGCUGGCGCCGCAACCAUCCCAGGUUGCCGUCGCCCGGAUCGCAAGAUUCUUCCAUACUCCAAGGAAGUCCCAGAGCAUGUCGUUCCCGGCAAGCCGCUCUUCUUCGCGACCGGGAUGCCACUCCCAGGCGGAGGCUCUGAAGGACUCCUCAUCGAAACCCAUGCCGGCCGACCAACCAAAGUCGAAGGCAACCCACUCCACCCAAAUAACCAAGGCAAGACCAGUGCAUACGCACAAGCAUCGGUCCUCGAUCUCUACGAUCCCGAUCGUCUGAAGUACCCUGUCUACAACAACCCCGCGCGUGGCAAACUCGCCGCGACAUGGGACGACUUCGAUAUGUGGGCCGAGGAGCAUUUUGCGAAGUUCGAUGCGACCAAAGGCGUAGGGCUCGCGUUUAUCCUCGACAAAACAUCAAAUCCAACUCGAGAUCGUUUGCUUGUGCAGAUGCAACAGCGCUGGCCGAACGCGGCGUUCGCUGUCUGGAAUCCAGCAGAACAACGAGGCGAAACCGACGGCUCCGCAGCGAUCUUUGGCAAAUCCUACUGGACACGAUACAACCUCAAAGGUGCACAGCGCAUCCUCGCAGUCGGGGAAGGUCAAAUCGAUCAAGGUCCUGAAGCACUGCGUCUUGCUCGCGAGUUGACCGCAUCCCGUAAGGUCAUGUCAGCAGAUGACGAGAUGAGCCGUUUGUAUGCUGUCGAGUCGAGACCAUCCUCGAUCGGUGUGCUCGCGGAUCACCGAUUCCGUCUCGCGCCGUCGCAGAUCCACAACUUCACCAUCGCGCUCGCGAAAGCCGUUCAACUCAAAGUUGCUGGACUCGGCAACUACAUGCCGGAUGUCGAAGUCGCCGGAAUGUCCGCCGCGGAUAUCCAAGCGAUCGCUGACGAUCUCUACGAGCAUCGCGAUCACGCAGUCGUGCUUCCUUCCGACGGAAUCUCUCCAGAAGCAUGGGCGAUGUGCCAGCUCAUCAACGAGACACUUGGCGCCCACGACAAUGGUUCGGUUGAGUUCUUUAUCAAGUCGCCUCAGGAAGCGGUGGAUUCCGUUCGCACCAUGGCGCGUAUGACAGCACUGCUCAAUCAGGGCAAUGUCGACACGCUUGUCUGUGUCAACUCCAACCCGGUCUUUGAUGCACCGGGCGCGAUGAACUUUGGUGACGCAUUCUCCAAAGCGAAGAACACCAUCACGCUCUCAGUGGGUCAGUCCGAAACCGCUGAAGCGUCGGAUUGGUCACUCAACGGCACCCACUUCCUCGAAAGCUGGGGAUCCGCGCAAACCAUUGAUGGGCAGAUCUCAGUCACGCAGCCGAUGAUCGCCCCGCUCUACGAUCCUGCACGCUCAGAUAUCGAGUUCAUCUCGAAUCUGAUCCGCAUCGGAGCACCAGGCGAGAAACCAGACGGUUACACCAUCGUCAAAGACUCCAUCCGAGAGAUCAUGAACAUCGGAUCUGGAGAAAUUGACAAGGUAUGGAAGUCGAUGCUCCACGACGGCGUGGGAAGCAAUGCGGUCAUCGCGAAAGCGAAGCCGAACUUCAACAAAGAAAACCUCGUCAAAGCAAUCGCUCGUCAAGGCGGCAAAAAAGCACCUGGUCAGUCACAUCUCGAUGUGAUGUUCUACACCGAUCGCUACAACAUCGGUCAAUCCGCAAACAACGGCUGGCUCCAAGAACUCCCUGAAUACGGCACCUCCGUCGUCUGGGACAACCCGCUCUUGAUGAGCCCAAAGACCGCCAAGGCGCUCGGAGUCCUUCCAGAACACACGCACCUCGACGAGUUCAAUCCGUACACCAAAUCUCAGAUGCCUCAGGCGCAGAUGGUCACCAUCACUCUUGAUGAUCAGUCCAUCGACAUGCCCGCUUGGAUCCUCCCAGGGAUGGCGGACAACACCGUUGCGAUCAAAGUCGGAUACGGGCGUGAGAUUGCAGGCUCAGUAGGAAACAAGGUCGGAUUCAACUCCUACAAGAUCAAAUCCCCAGCAGGGAUGAUCGCCGCGGGAGCGACCAUCAAGAAAGCGAAAGGCACCUACACCAUCGCUUCGACACAGAACCACUGGUCCAUGGAGGGUCGCGACACCAUCGUCCGCGCCAUGGACAAGAACUGGUUCGACAAGCACGCAAAGAAGGGGAACAAAGAAAUCCCCGACAAGAUCUACGGCAACACCACCGCUUCGCUCAAUGUCGCGGAACAGAUGGGUGAGCUUUCGCACACACCACCAAAUAUUUCUAUCUACGACAACCCACAGAACGAGUCCAAAGCGGACGCGGCGCCGGGAUCACAGUUCUCCAAGAACCCACAGUGGGGAAUGUCCAUCGACAUGAACUCCUGCACUGGUUGCGUGACUUGUACCGUCGCAUGUCAGAGCGAAAACAACAUCCCCGUGGUUGGGAAGUCCGAGGUCGCAAAGGGCCGUGAGAUGGCAUGGAUCCGUGUCGAUCGCUACUUCACUGGAGAUGACCUCAACAAUCCAGACGAGAUUUUCAAUCAGCCUAUCGCGUGUGUCCACUGUGAGAACGCGCCAUGUGAAACCGUGUGCCCCGUGAAUGCGACGACCCACGGCAAAGAAGGCACCAACGACAUCGCGUACAACCGAUGCAUCGGCACACGCUACUGUGCGAACAACUGUCCGUACAAGGUUCGUCGAUUCAACUUCUUCGAUUACGCACCAGCGAAGCUCAAUGGUGGUUUGGAUCCAAACUACACCACCAAAGCCGGUGCUGAAAAAUUCGAUGAAACCAUUGGUCAAGACAAGACCUUCAACCAGAACCUGAUCCCGCCUCGUCUUCGUAAGAAGCUCGACGAGAUCAGCAAGAUGAAGUUCAACCCAGAUGUCACGAUCCGCAGCCGCGGUGUGAUUGAGAAAUGUACCUACUGCAUCCAGCGUGUUAACCAAGCGCGUCAGGAAGUCAAGAUCCAAGGCAUCUGGAAAGACAAGGAUCAGGUUGGGCCAAUCCCAGACGGAUUCUUCCAGACGGCAUGUCAGCAGGCAUGUCCAACCGACGCGAUCGCCUUUGGUGACAUCCUUGAUCCAAGCUCACGCGUCGCGAAGGAACGCGACUCGCAGCGUACAUACGCGUUGCUCGGGUACCUCAACACGCGUCCACGCACGACACACAUGAUGCGUGUCCGCAACCCGAAUCCAGCGAUCAGAGUCUUUGAUGACCAUGAUCCACUGGAUCACUCUGGUCAUGGAGGAAGUCACGGCAAGAGCCAUGGCGAUGACCACGGAGCAGAUCAUUCUGAAAGCACAGACACCCACGGCGAAUCACAUUCGUCCGUGUUCACAGAUUCAGUCAAACAGUACCUCGAUCAAGGCUACUCACUGAGCCUCAAGGUCAUCAGCUAA